AUGACGUUCCUUGAAGAACGCAAUAUGACUCAAGUGCCCGAUAUCAAGGAAUACUUUAAAGGAAAGAAUAUAUUUAUUACUGGGGGAUCAGGUUUUAUGGGAAAAGUGUUGAUAGAAAAACUACUCUAUUCGUGCACUGAUUUAAAACAAAUAUAUGUGCUGUUGAGGCCCAAAAAGGGGAUUUCACCGGAAGACAGAAUAUCAACAUUAUACGAAAGUGAGUGCUAUGAUCGUUUGAGGAAAGAAAAACCUGACGUUUUCAUGGCUAAAGUCAGCGCGGUUGCUGGAGAUGUGGGCGAAAUUCGUCUUGGUAUAUCUGACGCGGAUAGAGCUCUGCUCGUGAGAAAUGUAAACAUAAUUUUUCAUGUCGCUGCGAGUGUGAGGUUCGAUGACACUUUGGACCGUGCAGUGAAAUUGAACCUUCGCGGCACCAAAGAGAUGAUUGACUUGGCAUAUGAAAUGCCGCAGUUGGAGAGCUUUGUCCACGUCUCCACAAGUUACUCGAACGUUAACCAGAACUGCAUUUCCGAGACCAUGUACCCACCACACGCUGACUGGCGACAGACCAUCGACGUGUGCCAAACCAUGGACAAGCAUAGUUUGGAGAUAUUAACACCUAAGUACCUCGGCGAGCUUCCAAACACAUACGUGUUCACCAAACAACUGGCUGAGCAUGUUGUCUAUGAGCAGAAAGGCAAGAUGCCCAUUAUCAUCACACGACCUUCUAUAGUAGUGUCGGCUUACGAAGAACCGCUCAGAGGUUGGAAUGAGAAUUUAAACGGUCCAACAGGCAUUCUAAUCGCUGUUGGAAAAGGUGUCCUAAGAACUGUUUAUGGUAAGCCUGACCUAGUAGCGGAUUACAUACCCGUAGACUUCGUUAUUAAGCAUCUGAUUGCUGCUGCCUGGAUCCGAGGAACGAAGAAAUUGGAACUCACUGACGACAUUCCAGUCUACAACUGUUGCGCUGGUAACCUCAAAACUGUAACUACCAAGGAGUUUGGAGACAUUGGCUUUAAAUAUAUCAGUGAAUUGCCGCUAGAUGACAAUAUGUGGGGGUGUUCCGAUGAUGUAACGAGCUCCAGGUUUAUGUUCUUCCUCAGUGUGAUAUUUAAACAUUUACUGCCAGCAUUAGUUAUUGAUACUAUUUUGAAAUUGGCUGGAAAGGAACCAAGAUUAGUCAAGAUUCAAAGAAGAAUUUACAAUGUCUUUGUCGCUCUAGAGAGCUUUCUUUUACACCAGUUUAAUUUCUACAACAAUAACUUUGUCGAUUUACGCUCAGCUAUAAAGAAAUCGGACAAAGACGAGUUUUAUUACGAUCUCGAGAACUUAGACUACUUAGAGCAUAUGAAACGAAGUACGCUGGGCGCGAGAAGGUACAUACUUAAGGAGAAAGACGAAGAUAUUCCAAAGGCGGUCCGCCAUUUUAAAAUAAUGACAGCAUGCCAGAAGACAACACCUUAUUUGUUCUACGUCACGCUUAUUUGGUGGAGCUUCAAUAGCGGCUUAGUACAACAGUACCUUGAACUAUUACUGCUAUAA